UCACCAUGAGUCCUGGCGGAUCCAUGGAGGUCCCGCGUUCCUCCACUCACUUCUGAGCAGCGCAUCUGCUGAGGCCGGAGAGGCCCGGCCGCUGCAUCGGGCGGGGAGGAUGGAGGGCGGAGAGCGUGGCAGGCGAGACGUCCACGGGCAGGGCCGCUGCGGCGGCUACGAGCGCGUGGUCAUCAACGUCUCGGGGCUGCGCUUCGAGACGCAGCUCGAGACGCUGGCGCAUUUCCCGGACACGCUGCUCGGCGACUCGGCGCGGAGGAUGAACUUCUUCGACUUCCUGCGCAACGAGUACUUCUUCGACAGGAACCGGCCGAGCUUCGACGCGAUCCUCUACUACUACCAGUCCAAGGGGAAGCUGCGGAGGCCCGACAGCGUCCCGUACGACAUCUUCAUCGAGGAGGUCAAGUUCUACGAGCUCGGCGAGGAGACCAUCACGCGCUACCGCGAGGACGAGGGCUACGCGAAGGAGGAGGAGAAGCCGCUGCCCGAGAGCGCGUUCCAGCGCCAGGUGUGGCUCCUCUUCGAGUACCCGGAGAGCUCCAGCCCCGCGCGCAUCAUCGCCAUCGUGUCCGUGCUCGUCAUCGUCAUCUCCAUCGUGAUCUUCGUGGCGGAGACCCUCCCCGAGUUCCGGGACGAGAAGGAGCUUCACUCGCGGCCGCGGCCCCUCGGCAACGGCACGGAGGCGCGGCCGGCGCCCUCCUUCGUCACGGACCCCUUCUUCAUCGUGGAGACGAUCUGCAUCAUCUGGUUCUCGUUCGAGCUGCUCAUCCGCUUCUGCGCGUGCCCCAGCAAGCCGGGCUUCUUCAAGAACAUCAUGAACUCCAUCGACAUCGUGUCGAUCAUGCCCUACUUCAUCACCCUGGGCACGGAGCUUGCCGAGCACACGGGCUCCGCGAACGGACAGCAGAGCAUGUCGCUCGCCAUCUUCAGGGUGGUGCGUCUCGUGCGCGUCUUCAGGAUCUUCAAGCUAUCGCGCCACUCCAAGGGGCUGCAGAUCCUCGGCCAGACGCUGCACGCCUCCAUGCGCGAGCUGGGUCUGCUCAUCUUCUUUCUCCUCAUCGGGGUCAUCCUCUUCUCGAGCGCCAUCUUCUUCGCCGAGGCGGACGAGCCGGACACGCAGUUCACGAGCAUCCCCGAGGCCUUCUGGUGGUCGCUCGUCACCAUGACCACGGUGGGAUACGGCGACAUGUUCCCCGUGACGCUGGGCGGCAAGAUCGUGGGUUCGCUGUGCGCCAUCGCGGGCGUGCUCACGAUCGCGCUGCCCGUGCCCGUGAUCGUCUCCAACUUCAACUACUUCUACCACCGCGGCGCCGGUGCCGAGGAGCAGACGGAGCCCGCCGAGGAGGAGGCGGCCUCGCCGGCCUCCUGCAGCCACAGCAAGCGGAGCCGCAGCGCCUCCAGCCUCAGCCGGUGCGACUACACGGACGACCUCGCCGCCUUCCUGGAGCCCAAUCACGUGGAGUGAGCGGCUGGCGAGCGGCGGCGGUGGUGGUGGUGGUGGCCGGGCUCCAUUUGGGUGAGGAGCCGAGGUGAGGAACAAGCGCGCCCGGACGCGCGUCCGUCAUUCCGUGCCCCCCCCACCACCCCGAGCCAUCGUCGCACGCCAGGGCCGCGUCGUGCCGGGGUGCCGAGCCGCGGGCGGGCGAGCGGGGGCGGGGGGGCACUCCACGCUCAAAACUCCACACAGGCCGGAAAAAAAGUCCGCCCUGCGUUGUCGAGAUUCACGAACGCGGAGCAGCGCCCAUGAACCUCGGCUCCUUCUCCCCCCGCCCCUCCCCAAGCCUUCAAUUUGUCUGUGCCGACACCACGGAAGACUCUGCGCUCCGUGUCUCCCUCGCUCGGAUGGAGGUCACCACGCGUUUAGCGAUGCCCCCCACACCACCACCACCACCGCCCAGGUCCUGCACGGCCUCCUGCAGCGCGAAGUCUUCGCGAGCUGGACCGACGACAGCGGCGGCAUUGACCGACGCCGCAUGGCGUGAACUCAACGAUGAUGUUGCUUUCCUUGGCGACCCAUCACUCGUCACCACCCCCCCACCCCCCCCGGGACGCGGAGAUCCGCUCGCUCCGGACCCGUCGGCGUUCGCGUAAAUCGCGACAUCUUUUGGAGGGUGAUUUUAAUCGGUAAUCGGUCAUUGUAAGUAAAAAAAAUAUCGUCCAGUCGAUCGGGUUUUUUUUGUGUGUGUGGAACAUGCCUCGAAUUACUUGCAAUGGGAAAGCCACGUGCAACCUCUGCUGCAUGUUCUGGUAGCAGCAGCAGAAGAAGAAGAAGAAGCAAUGCCAGCUGCGAGACUUUGAAUCGCAGAGCCUGAACCCCGCAUGCCGCUGCGAGUCUUCACGUGUUGGGGCUGGGACCUCAGAGAUUCGCCUGCUCGCUGCGCUUCUUUUGCCUGUCGUUCCACACGCCGCGUCUCCGCAUAUCGGCCCUGAGCGUCUCUCGCCCCGGCAAGGUGUGGUGGGGAGGGCGCUGCGUUACAUUCACGAGCUUUUGUUAAAGUCCGAUCGACGUGGGCGACUAGGCCGGCGACUACUACGAGAUUCCACAGCGAGAUUUAUGACCCAGCCCCCCAUCCCAAGAUAUCAGAUAGGCCGCCCCAGAGGGGGGCGGGAAGGGUUGUGGGUGUUUUAUUUUUGUUGUUGUUGUUGCGGGGACCGGCUCGAUGUUCACGUUCAAAAGCUCUGCGCUCCAACAAACCUUCCCGACGGUCCUCGUCGCGAAAGGUCAGAGUCUAUAUCGUUUAAUAAACACAUUCCCAGCUCGAAACCUGUCACAACUUCUGCGUAUUGAACAAACAAAACAAAAACAGCGAACAGACAAAUAACCCGAGCGCGGCCUUCCCCGCGUAUCUCGUGUGGAACAAGGCCGCAGUGUACGGGGAGUGGACGCAACGGGGCCAUGAUGGAACAUACCCGACAAAAGGUGGUCGAGACGCGAAGAUUCACACCGGGCUGACAGUGCCAGGUGGGGGCUGAGGGCGCGCAGCUGCCGCUGUGUCCCCCGGUGGCAAGGCUGGCAGGGUGGCUGAUGGGACUGGCUGCUCGGUAGGAACGCCGCGACACAACGAGCCCCGAGAUCAUCUCAUCGUCACAAAACCCAAACACCUGCACAUCAUCACUGCACCCUUCACAUCAUCACUAAAACCUGCACAUCAUCACUGCACCAUGCACAUAAUCACUAAAACCUGCACAUUAUUAGUGAACCCUUCACAUCAUCACUGCACGCUCCACAUCAUUACUGAACCCUUCACAUCAUCACUGCACCGUGCACAUCAUCACUAAAUCCUGCACAUCAUUACUGCACCCUGCACAUCAUUACUGAACCCUUCACAUCAUCACUAAACCCUCACCAUCAGCACUGCACCCUUCACAUCAUCACUAAAUCAUGCACAUCAUUACUGAAUCCUCCACAUCAUCACUGAACGCUCCACAUCAUCACUAAACCCUUCACAUCAUCACUGCACCCUCUACAUCAUCACUGAACACUUAACAUCAUCACUAAACCUCUACAUCAUCACUAAAUCAUCCACAUCAUCGCUGAACACUCCACAUCAUCACUGAACACUCCACAUCAUCACUAAACCCUUCACAUCAUCAGUGAACUCUUCACAUCAUCACUAUACCCUUCACAUCAUCACUGCACCCUUAACAUCAUCACUGCACCCUCUACAUCAUCACUGAACCCUUCACAUCAUUACUGAACCCUCUACAUCGUCACUAAACCCUCUACAUCAUCACUAAACCCUCUACAUCAUUACUGAACCCUUCACAUCAUCACUAAAUCCUCCACAUCAUCGCUGAACACUCCACAUCAUCACUAAUCCUUCACAUCAUCACUAAACCCUCUACAUCAUCACUGGACCCUCUACAUCAUCACUAAACGCUCCACAUCAUCACUAAACCCUGUACAUCAUCACUAAACCCUUCGCAUCAUCACUGAACCCUUCACAUCAUCACUAAACCCUCUACAUUAUCACUGAACUCUUCACAUCACUAAACCAUUCACAUCAUCACUAUACCCUCUACAUCAUCACUAAACCCUCUACAUCAUCACUAAACCCUUCACAUCAUCACUAAACCCUCUACAUCAUCACUAAACCCUCUACAUCAUCACUGCACUCUUCACAUCAUCACUAAACCCUCUACAUCAUCACUAAACUCUUCACAUCAUCACUGAACCCUUCACAUCAGCACUAAACCCUCUACAUCAUCACUUUACACUCCACUUCAUCACUAAACCCUUCACAUCAUCACUAAACCCUUCACAUCAUCACUACACCCUUCACAUCAUCACUAAACCCUCUACAUCAUCACUAAACCCUGUACAUCAUCACUAAACCUCUACAUCAUCACUGAACCCUUCACAUCAUCACUAAACCCUCUACAUCAUCACUAAACCCUCUACAUCAUCACUAAACCCUCUAUAUCAUCACUAAACCUCUACAUCAUCACUGAACACUCCAAAUCAUCACUAAACCCUCUAUAUCAUCACUAAACCCUCUACAUCAUCACUAAACCCUCUACAUCAUCACUAAACCAUGUACAUCAUCACUAAACCCUCUACAUCAUCACUAAACCGUGUACAUCAUCGCUGAACACUCCACAACAUCACUAAACCCUCUACAUCAUCACUAAACCCUUCACAUCAUCACUAAACCCUUCACAUCAUCACUAAAUCCUCCACAUCAUCACUAAACCCUUCACAUUAUCACUAAUCCUUCACAUCAUCACUAAACCCUCUAUAUCAUCACUAAACCCUCUACAUUAUCACUGAACUCUUCACAUCACUGAACCAUUCACAUCAUCACUAUACCCUCUACAUCAUCACUAAACCCUCUACAUCAUCACUAAACCCUCUACAUCAUCACUGAACCCUUCACAUCAUCACUAAACCCUUCAUAUCAUCACUAAAUCCUCUACAUCAUCACUAAACCCUCAACAUCAUCACUAAAUCCUCCACAUCAUCACUAAAUCCUCCACAUCAUCACUAAACCCUUCACAUCAUCACUAAACCCUUCAUAUCAUCACUAAACCUUCUACAUCAUCACUAAACCCUCAACAUCAUCACUAAACCCUCUACAUCAUCACUAAACCCUCUACAUCAUCACUAAACCCUCCACAUCGUCACUAAACCUCUACAUCAUCACUGAACUCUUCACAUCAUCGCUGAACCCUCUACAUGAUCACUGAACCGUUCACAUAUUCACUGCACCCUCUACAUCAUCACUGCACGCUCUACGUCAUCACUGAACAAUCCACAUCAUCACUAAACCCUCUACAUCAUCACUAAACCCUGUACAUCAUCACUAAACCUCUACAUAAUCACUGAACCCUUCACAUCAUCACUAAACCCUCUACAUCAUCACUAAACCCUCUACAUCAUCACUAAACCCUCUACAUCAUCACUAAACCCUCUACAUCAUCACUAAACCCUCUACAUCAUCACUAAACCUCUACAUCAUCACUGAACACUCCACAUCAUCACUAAACCCUCUAUAUCAUCACUAAACCCUCUACAUCAUCACUAAACCCUCUACAUCAUCACUAAACCCUGUACAUCAUCACUAAACCCUCUACAUCAUCACUAAACCGUGUACAUCAUCGCUGAACACUCCACAACAUCACUAAACCCUCUACAUCAUCACUAAACCCUCUAUAUCAUCACUAAACCUCUACAUCAUCACUGAACACUCCAAAUCAUCACUAAACCCUCUAUAUCAUCACUAAACCCUCUACAUCAUCACUAAACCCUCUACAUCAUCACUAAACCAUGUACAUCAUCACUAAACCCUCUACAUCAUCACUAAACCGUGUACAUCAUCGCUGAACACUCCACAACAUCACUAAACCCUCUACAUCAUCACUAAACCCUUCACAUCAUCACUAAACCCUUCACAUCAUCACUAAAUCCUCCACAUCAUCACUAAACCCUUCACAUUAUCACUAAUCCUUCACAUCAUCACUAAACCCUCUAUAUCAUCACUAAACCCUCUACAUUAUCACUGAACUCUUUACAUCACUGAACCAUUCAC